AGAAGAAGCGAAUUCCUCAAAGGACUGAGAUUUUAGACUAAUUUAAUUUCUCAGCGGGGUUUUUAUUUUUAUAAUAUUUCCAGAUGAGCGUGGACUGAGCUCACACAGCCUCUCUGCGGACUAUUUAUCGCUAUUUAAUUACAACACGUGUAUUCAUCCCCAGUUAGGAACCGGCUUUUUAUUUUUAUUUUUUACGGACUACAGAGCCGCUGAAGUUAACCAGGAGUUCAGAGGAUGGACCACCUGCCUGAUAAUAACUCCAGGUACAAAGACGUCGAAUACUGGGAUGAAAGAUACAAGACGGAGCAGUGCUAUGACUGGUUGGGGAGCUUCUCCAAAUUCCAGCACCUUCUGGAAAAAUUCGUCCAGAAAGAAGACUCCAUCCUGAUACUAGGUUGUGGAAACAGCAGCAUGAGUGGCGACAUGUACAAUGCCGGCUACCGUGCCAUCACCAACGUAGAUUACUCCUCAGUGUGCAUCAGUACAAUGAGCGAGAGGUACAGCAACUGCCCGGGAAUGACCUGGCACCAGAUGGACGUUCGCCAGCUCUCCUUCCCCGAUGCAUCCUUUGAUGUCGUCCUGGAGAAAGCCACGCUGGAUGCCAUCAUGGUGGAGGAGAAGACUCCCUGGGAGGUGUCCCCUCAAACCGCCUGUUUUAUUCACCAAGCACUCACAGAGAUCAGUCGCUGCUUGAAACCCGGAGGACGCUUCAUCUCUGUUACCUUUGCGCAGCCUUUCUUCAGGAAACGCCUGUACGCUCGCGCCGAGUACGACUGGUCGAUCAAACACCACAGUUACGGAGAAGGCUUUGAAUAUUUUGUGUAUGUGAUGACCAAAGGAGAGGAACUUAGUCCAGAAGAUGCAGCUCUGGAGAAACAGCUGCUGGAAGAGACUAAACCCACGCCUACCAGCAUCACUACACCAGAACAUGAAGAUAAGGAAGACUUCCUGUCUAAUAUUGACGUGUAAGAUGAUUGGAAUACAUAAAGGAGUUUUAGGAAUACAUCACCCCUGAGAUUUCCUUUAUGGAUGACUUCAGAAACUUAAACUAAUUUUUAAUUACGUCCUGCAUAGGCAGCAUAUGUUUUUAUUAUGUCAUGUUUUAGCAAUGCAUACUGACACAUUUUUUAUACUUUUAGUUUAGGAAAAAAAUGAUAAAUGGAUUAGAAUCCAUCUUUUUAAUGAAAUAAAAUGACUUAAAUGCAUCUCAGAAAUCAAAAUACCUCACCAGAUUCAUGCACGUAUUAGUGCAGGUGCUCUAUGAAGGAAUGAGGAAACUGAAAAGAAAGAAUGUUUGGGAUGCAGUAGCGCCUCAUCGAAAGUAUUUACAGAAUUUACAGACAAAAGUUUCUUUAAAACUAGGAAAACGAGAAAGUGGUUGUGCCAAAGAAAAAGUUAAAAAUAAAAUAAUAUGUAAAACUCUUAAAAAACAUUCAAAACUACCCAUAUUGCAGUGAGGGCACCAUACAGUAAAUCUGGUAUUUGUAGCAAAAGUCACCCACGUGUAUGAAAAUGUAAAGGACGCCCCACCUCAGCUACAUGCAGGUUCUUGCUCCACCACAUUUCCCGUAUAAUUUUUUUUCAACAUUUACAGCAAGGGUAAAAUCUAGAAUACAACAUACGGAACACGGUGCACGUAAAGGUCCCAUAUUGUGAUAAUUUUUCAUCAAAGUGUGACAUGUCCCCCAGAAUGUGUCGUUCAAGUUCUACUGCAUGUUCUGUUCCUGUUGGACCUGGAGGUCAUCGGUGCUGAAGGACUCAACACCACAAAACAACAGUGCCUUUCCUUGCAGCAGUCCAGCCUGCAGUGGUCUAGAAAUGACACAAGCAUGUUGCAUUCUUUGAACUAU